AGUGUAUCGUAUCUCCAGCCCCGAGGGAGUGGGACACCAGGGACACCAGGGGCCUCCUUCAGCGGACAUCUCUCUUUCUUCUUACCUUCUUUUUACGUUUAGUUCAGACUGUUGCACCCACCCCGCUCCGCUCCGCAACAUCCUCGCAUCGAGAUACACUUGCGAGACUGCGGAAUCACCCAGGCAAAUUCAUGAUGGUGCCCUGUGGGCUUUGAUGGGCGGAAGCAAACCCCCAACCCCAAACUGACCUGGCCUUGAGGAGAUCUCGGUCGAACUAAGCAAGGUCAGGGGCCAGACAGGUGCGGGCUGGAGUUCUGGGCCUCGACAGGUCAGGAGAAGCCGUUGUGGGACAAGAUAAAAACAACACCAUGCCCCUGGCUUAACCCAGCAGUUGAUGAUCGGUCAAAUCACCGGGUUAACGCUUACACACUCGUCACCCCUAGCCUCUUGUUUUGGUCGUGUUCUACGUCCUGUCUUACCCCUUCCAGUUCGAGUUGGCUGGUAGACAUCCAAUUCAGGACAAACGGGGAUAACGCUCUUCUUCCGACUUUGUCUCAUUUUAGAUCUCUCCACUCUUGGGCGCAACAUUUCUCACUCAACCACGACCAUCGAGCCUAAUACCCUUGACGACCACCACCCAUUCCAUUUCCACAAACUCCGGACAAGUAACCCAACCCAACCAAAAACACUGCGAACUUCGAGGUUCUUGAGCAACAGCCAUUGUCGAACACUUUAAUUUCGAUUCUCAGCUUGGCGACAGUCCAACGACUAGGAAAGAGAUACAUAUAUCGACAAGAGCGGACAUAUCUUUCUUUGUGGCUUUCAACCGGCGACUUUUAUACAUCUCAGAGAUGUCUAUCAUGGUGGAUCCACUGCCUCGAUUCUGAUAAUAGAAGCUUCAACGGAUCUUCUCGUUCUUGUCGACAGCAAAAACCCCGUGUGUUGGGCCAUCCUCGGCCCUCCCGCCAGCAGCUGGUCCCCAUCGGCACCGUUUGUACCUUCAUGUGCUUCAGCGGCUCCCCUCAAAGCCGCUGAGCGAUGUCAGUUUACGUUCCUCCGUCUUCCAACCCUCAGGGAGCGGCGUUGCUGGCUAUAUUUUGGAGUAUUCACGCCGCCUGCACCAUCUUCGUGGGCCUUCGCUUGUACUGCAAGGUCAUUCGUGGCCGCCGCCUUUGGUGGGAUGAUCACUUGUUAAUACUAGCCUGGGCCCUACUCUUCAUAAACACCGUUUUCACCACUUCCUCCGUCUUGAUGGGAUACGGGCUACACACUGAUGCUGUACCCGUGGAAAACGAGAAGUACCUGUCUAUUAUCGGCGGCAUCAAUGGCACCACAUCGGUUAUCCACGUACUGCUCAGCAAAGUAUCCUUUGCCGUGACGCUUCUUCGAAUCACAGAUGGCUGGCUGAAGCGACUCGUCUGGUUCAUCAUCGUCACUUUGACGUUAUGCCAAGUCAGCACCGCCCUUAUGUUUUGGCUUCUGUGCGAACCCCCGGAGGCGACAUGGAACUCUAGUAUUGUACAUAAAAAGUGCUGGUCACCCGACGGCCUCCUCGCCUACUCGAUUGCUCUUGGAAUUUAUUCAGCCGUGUGUGACUUCGUGCUUGCGCUUCUACCGUGGCGAAUCCUUAUGCGAUUCCAUAUGUACCGAGGCGAAAAGGUUGGCGUGGCUAUAGCCAUGAGCAUGGGGGUCUUUGCCGGAAUCGCGGGUGCUAUCAAGGUGUCGACAAUCGGCCGCAUAGUGAGUAAUGACUUCAGCUACGAGGGAUUCCUUCUGGUUGUUUGUGCCCUUGUCGAGGGGGCUUGCGCCAUGAUGGCUGCCUCAAUACCCACCCUGAGGGCUCUGUUCCUUCACACCUUUGACCCUCCAUCGCAGCCGAGCAUCGAUGUAGUCGUCGAAAGUGAUAGAUCCGCGGGGGCAUCAGCACGUCGAGCCCGAUCCGACUGGGACGAAAGAAAGUACAGGAACAGAAGCGACCAGAGCAUCCUGGCGAUACCGCCGACAAGCAGCAGCACUAUGGACAGGUCGGUCGAAACAGAUAUCGAACGAGAUCUGUCAAGACCGCUAAACAACCAGUUUGAAAUGAAAGACUGGAAGUCAGCAAAGAGUUGAAGGUAUGCGACAUAAUACGGAAAGAAGAGGAACAACAUAAUGAGAGAGGUCGAUAUCCAAUACGGAAGAUAUCAGUAUUCCCUCGAAAGGAUGUACGGGUCAUCAAUUCGACGAUAGCAUCAUCUCAGUAGAGGGUGAGAAGACGGCGCGAGCAGCCCCUACUACGAAAACAGUCCCAUCCUGUUGGACGAGACGCACUACAACUUCUUAUCACCAUCCUUCAGGGGCAUGAAUGUCGACAGUCAUCACUCCCGAGAUCGGUGAUUAGGUGCUUCGAAGAUGGCCUCUGAUGCAGAGGGAGACAUAGCUUCAGCAAUAUGCUUCACACGGUGGUGUGUCUGAAGAGGCGGCCCUGCGUUUGCAGGCUUUGUGAUGAUGCUGUACGGAUACGGUACCAGUACCCGGAGACCCUCGACAGAGAGUCGAAUUUGUACCGUUUCUUGACAACGCUCCAGCAACUCGAAGGACACUCAAACCCACCUGAGCUCUUCCAAAUGAUAUGGAGGUAGACUCGAGGAAGUCCGCGGUGGGCAGAAACACUUGGUAGCCAUGCCUUGUAUAUUAGCCGGACGUCUUAUAGGAUUCGUCCGGGAGACGAAGUCUAGGGGAACAACAAAAAAAAAAGGAAAAAAAAAGAAAAAAAGAAAGAAACAAAGAAAAACCUUGAUAUCGGAGCCUCACCGCAGAUGCACAACGCACAUACCUGAAACCCCAUGGGAAGGGCCCAGGUUUUUUGUUGAUGCAGCUCUCGAAGUUCCAACGUGUAUGUGUUGGGCCAGUCUCGAAGCAACUCGCCCAAUUUGCAUAGCCUACGGCAAGGUCAUUUCAAGACCUGCCGAGCACGCAAAUGGGAACCGAAGAGCACCCAUACCGGCUGGCGACUUCAAAGUAUCCCAAUAUGCAUCGAGGAAAAUACGAGGACGUUGGCAGAACGAACAAGACGAAGUGAAUUUGAUGGUUCAAUUGAUUGGAUGGAGAGGAAGUUUGCCAGCCGAAUGAAAUCUAGACCGACCCAGAUGAGACCUGAAUGUUGACUCAAGCGUACAUGGACACUUGACGUUGACUGCUCAUGAUCCGAGAAGGGAAGAUAUGACGAAAGAAUGCAGAUGGCCGUCGGGUCAAGAUGGGUUUUUUUUUUACUUGUUCUUUGGGGGGGACGAGAGGUUGGCAACCUGGUUCAGCCUGGAACAGCUGGACAACGACAUCGACCACUGAUAUCAACGAACGACACCGCGGGGUGCAGGGACAGGACAAGGGCCUGCCAAGCGAGUGGGAAGGAGGGGUUGGGAUGGGUGCCCUGGCCGCAUCAGGUGCUAGUAGGUUCCAUUCUGUAAAGUAGUGUAUGUAGCUGUUGUCAGUGAAGAACGUGUGUUCCGUGGGCUUUGUAUUCACAAGCAAGCACUGAACGAUCUCAAAGUUUC